GUCUGACAGUAUAAUUUAGAAAUAACUACCUACCUAAAGUUCCAAUAAAUUAAGUAUAAAGAAUAGAUACCUUCUUACCUCGUAUUAGAUAUUAAUAGCCACACACACAAGGAAUUCAUCCCUCUUGACAGAUCUACUGAAAAUGAAACGAAGAAAAAUCUGCGAUGUAGUACAGAAAGAGAGAUAUCAGAUAUCUUUCUACUAACUACCUAUGUAUGUCAGUUCUGUUUUCGAAUAACUAUACUGUAAGAACUUCGUGAGACACUAUUCAAUGCCUUUCAGAUACACCAGCUACAUCUCCGCGGCGAAUUAGAGGUGAAAGCAGUCUUUCGAACACAUCUCCAUUUGCCAAGUAUGAACUAUGUCAUUUCCUCAAAGGCCCACGAUGGUCUUUGUGCGCUGCGAGUACGCUUGCUCUAGUUGCCCUCUCGCCUUCGUGCGCUUAUUAAGUUCCCCCAAGUCCCGAGUCAUCUUGUUAAACACCUUUCUUCUUUUCACUUUGGAAUACUUCCAACCGGAUUUCUACGCAAGAAACAUGGCGACCAAAAUCUUGACAGUUCUAACGCUAGCCAGCAGUGCCUUGGCACAGAUGUCUGGUAUGGACCAUAUGUCGCCCAUGACCAGCAUGUCGAGCACCGCUUCACAGAUGAGUGAGAUGACUCCGAUGACAGACGCAUCUACUCACUCUGCCGAUGUCUCUGGCUCGUAUACAACGGCUAUGGCUAGUACUUGGGCAAGCUCUGUCCCGGCGGAAGCAUCCAUGUCUAGUUCUGCCAUGGCCAACGAAACAUGGACGGACACCAGCGGAGCGAUGCCGAACGCUACUAGUGGUGGGCAAAUCCCUAUGCCAGGUGCCGGAGUAGUAAACGGUCUUUCGGUGAGUGAGACUUAGUAUGUUCUUCGCUCGUAAUUAACAAUUGAUUCAGGCUGGUCUGCUCACUGUCUCCAUUGCGCUCGCUGCUUCAAUGCUGCUGUAAACAUUCUCUGCCGACCGGUAGUUGCCGGUCCAUCGUGAGACACUCGAGAGUGGUAUUAGUAGGAGAGAGAAUUCGACCGGUCUUUCAAGUACGGCGAUAUAAUACGAUUAGUUAUAAGAAUGAAGAGCUUUAGAUUUUAGAACGUCUUUUACCAAACCACCCAAACCAACUCUCAAAAGCAAUCAUCUAUCCACGCUUGACAAGUUUUUAAUCUGGAGAAUCGUUGCGGAAUUUCUUUAAUGUGGACCAGGGCUUAGAGUCGGGUCGGAGAUCUGUAUUAUUAGUAUAUACAUACUAAUAAAAAGAGGCAACAUCUAAUGUCAAUCUUCUCAAGAUGGUGUACCGGACAUGGCGUUCUGAGGCUCUAAAUAGUAGUAGUAAUAGGAUUGACAUUAGAUAUACCUGAAGGGACGUGUGAUUUAAAAGCUUGAAUAAUGGAGCCGUGGAGGAUUU